GUCGAUUGUUCUGUUUCAGAUUUAGAAAACUCCGUUAUCGUAGGAAAGAGCAAAAAUCAUUUGAGAAGCUUAAGGAGUUGGUUAGCCCCUGUAGCACGAAGCGUGAAUUCUCUCUGGAAGCGCUGUUGGCGUGCAUCCGUGGACGGCUGGGCUGCAAGUACAUUUCACUCCCGAUGUGACAGCAAGGGCCCGACUGUGACAAUAAUAAGGGUCGGGAGAUAUAUUUUUGGAGGAUACACAAGUAUUUCAUGGGGUAAGUGAGCAUUCAUCAUAAGCCAUGGCGGUGACAUUUAUACCUUUGGCGUAAUUGGCCUUGAUAUGUUCAGCUAAAAGUGCAGCUUGGUACUUAGCAAUAUGGAAUCAUGUGACUGUACCUUUCAUACAUGGUUAAGCAGUGGCGGAGAAAGGGUCUAGGUUAAUAGCUCUAGAUGUGGGCCCAUAUCCCCUCGUUCCUCAAGGGGCGAGGACCGCCCCUCCUACACUCACAUGGUGUGAAUGAACGCCCCACCCCUUUUCUAGAGUUCUGGUUCUGCAGAUGGUAAGUGAUGCAUUUCUAGCUUGUUAAAACGUGCCCAAAUUCCAGGCCAACACUAUCGAAUUAUAAUAACUUUGAGGUUCUAAUUGAGGACCGUCCCUCCUACAAUCACAUGGUGUAAAUGAGCGCCACCCCCCACCCUUCUUCUCAAGUUCUGGUUUUGCAGAUGAUACGUGAUGCAUUUCUAGCCUGUCAAAACGUGUUUAAAUUCCAGGCUACUACUAUUAUAAUAAUUUUGAGGUUGUAAAAUAUCGAUAUUGUUCUGACUUUCUUGCUACCCUGCUAUCUUCCAUCCCUCAGUUCCCAUAUUGCAAAAGUAGCGACUAACGAACUUCGCCACAGGUUUUUGGUGAAAUUCGCAAAUUUUGGCAAAGAAAAAACACUCUCUUUUGACAUGUCCACGUACGUGAUACACCAAGACGAAGGUUCAUUUCACCGAUCAAACUUUCGUAAUUUUGCCUGAGCGAAAUGUCACGAAGAGGAUUCUUCUCUUCGGAUUCGAACGAACUUGAUAGACUGAAAUCGGUGACUGAAAUACAUAAUGUUUUAUACCUUUUCAAGGAUAAAAGAACAUAUCUUAUUAAUUACUAAUUUUUUUCCCGAUCUAUUGCUUGCAAUUGCAAAUCUUUUAAAAUUAACAUCUCCCAGAGGCCGACACCUCAGCUUCGGUGAGCUUGCAGCCACAUAAAACUCUCUCCUGAGCGGACGAACCACUAUUGCCAUGAGUAUAGCUGUAUCUUUUACCAAAAUACCUGCUCGUAAAUAAUAAUGCAAUAAAAUAAUAUUCAUACUACUAGUAAUGAUGAUGAUGAUGAUAAUAAAAAUAAUAAUAAUAAUAAUAAUAAUAAUAAUAAUAAUAUAAUAAUAAUAAUAAUAAUAAUAACAUUGAUAAUGAUAAUGAUGAUAAUAAAGAAGACAUAGAAACUGAUUUCGUUUUUGAUAAAUGACGAACGUUACUGAGAAACUCGAUCGAAUUUGUUUUAUGAGAAUAAGGUAUUUACUGUUUUUAAUCAAUAAUCAACAUCAUCAUCAUCGUCACCAUUAUGACAGGCAUAAGGACAAUGUCGCUAACUUGUCUUAGAAAAGUUUUGUUUCAUUUCUUUUAGCUUCUGGUUCUGGCCGGUAUCAAUACGACACAAAAGCCUUCUUAUUUUCGCUGGUAAACAAGCCAGGAUGGGCGCCUGUCAAAUUGUCUCAGUCAGGGCAAUAUAGUUAUGGCAAAGAAUCCAUAUACUUUCACUCAUCCUAUGGACCUACAUUCGGAGACGGACAUGACAUUCACAUUUCCAACUACGCGUCAUCUAAUAGCAAUUCUUACAGCAACCUUGGCUAUACUUACAGCCCACCGAGCGGAUACAGCUACGGCAGCACCUUCGCCAAAACAUUCCUGGCAGGAACUUACCAGUUCACACCAGACGAAGUUGAAACCUUUUACGAAACAACCUAA